AGUCUGAAGGAGCAGAAAGCUACACCGUCAGCUGCGAGUUCAGUCAGUCUUCCACACAGCCACACGACCACAAGGAGCUGUCUUCUCAAAAGUGUGCAAACGAAGAUCUCCAGGGGGAUUUUCCAGUCACAGGCAGCCUGUGGGAUAAACUUGUACAGAGUUCUGGACUAACUGGGAUUGUGCUCACAGAAGAAUGGCCCUGCAACAGAACUCGGACAGAGAACCCAGCAUUGAACUCUUCAUAAAGGCAGGUCAUGAUGGGGAGAACGUAGGGAACUGUCCUUUCUGUCAGAGCCUCUUUAUGGUUCUGUGGCUGAAAGGAGUCAAAUUCACCGUGACCACAGUGGACAUGAGGAAGAAGCCGGAGGAGCUGAAAGAUUUGGCCCCGGGGACUAACCCCCCUUUCCUCUUAUACAACGGCACCCUCAAGACCGACUUCAUCAAGAUCGAAGAGUUCCUGGAGACAACCCUUGCCCCUCCCAGGUACCCCCACCUCAGUCCACUCAAUAAGGAGUCCUAUGACGUGGGUGCUGACAUUUUUGCCAGGUUCUCUGCCUACAUCAAGAACAGUCCCAACAACAGCAUACAAGAGCAGGCUUUGCUCAGGGAGUUCAAACGUCUGGAUAUUUAUCUAAACACACCACUUCCAGAGGAGGUGGACCACAACUCCACAGAGGAGAUCAUUUCUAAGAGGAAGUAUCUCGACGGCAACCGCCUGACACUGGCAGACUGUAACUUGUUGCCCAAACUACAUGUCAUCAAGGUGGCGGCCAAAAAGUACUGUAACUUUGACAUUCCUGCUCACCUGACCGGAGUCCAGCAAUACCUGCGGAGCGCCUACGAGAGAGAAGAGUUCAGUCAGACGUGCCCAGCCAGCACUGAGAUCGAGAGAGCGUAUCUCAGCGUGGCUAACAAGAGGACGUAGAGUCCCAGCACAGCCCUGAACGGGAACGCAAGCCGUCCUGCGUCACCACGGCUGCUGCGCACCGCAUGGGGAGGAGGUCAUUCUGACAUAACUCUGCAAAUAUGUUUUAAUCAAAGUGUCAGGUUCAGGGUAAGUUGACUGAAAUGAGUAUUUUGUAAGAAUACAUUUUGAUCUUAUUCACUGGGAUUAUAAUCCCAAUUCCAAGAAUACUAACUAACCACAAAUGUUCGUUAAAGGUGGGGAAUAUGUUUAUUUGUCAGCAGGCAUGUCAGACCUUUAAAAUGUUAAUCCCGGCCUAAUUCUCUGGUUUACCCCUUUUUAAUUGGCCAUAUGUGCACUGUACAUCAAGUGUGUUUUGCUUUGUCUAUAGUGUAUAUAUGUAUUUUAAUGCAAUCUAAAUCAUAAAGUGUACAUAUUAUGUAUAUACAUAGUGAUGUGUAUACAUAUCUUAUGUACUGUAUUAUUUUAAUAUAGCAAAGUAAUUAAUUGUACAAUUAAUUGUAAAACACCUUGACUUAAACCCAAACAUUUCAUGUGAUUCAUAUAAUUCACAUCUUCACAUUUAAUGGUUGUAUUGUAGGGAAGGUUAUAAACCAGUAUACAUAUAGACUCGAUGCUCAAGGGGGAAAAAAGGGUUUAAAUACGUUGUGUUUUACAAUUUAAUUAAAAAUAAAAAUACUUUUAUACACAUCAAA